AUUAUUGUUCACUCUUUGUCGCCUCUCCGUCGUCGUUUCGAGUAAUUUUGUGAAUACAAUGACGUGAUAAAUCACGUCGCUGGAAAUUUUCCCGUUUUGCACUUUCCUCCGCUUUCUCGUCGAGCAAACGGAGUUAGUGUUUGGCUGGAAACUAACUAGGGUUAAUGCGGGGUUGCGAUGUAUCGAUUGGAUUCUGAAUUUUUGUAUUAGCUCCAAACCCUAACUUUAUUUCAUGAAUUAGUUUUGUACAAUUUUAGGGAUUUUGCGGUUGUGACUUGAUCUCAGUGCUCUUUCUGGGACCUUGAAUCAAUUCCUUCUAUCCAGAUUUACAAUCGAUAGAAGCAAAGCAAUUUGUUUUUUUGCUUAGAUUGCUGGGAUUUUUCUUUCAAUAUGUAUCAUCAAUGGAUCUUUUGUUUGCUUGUACAUGUGGUAGCUGCAUCAAAAAUAAUUUAUCAAAGCAGAAUUUAUAAUUAUAGACGAUGUUUGGUCUUCAAUGAACAAUAUGGAGCUAAAUUUUCACAUUUGGCUUGGACUUUGGACAGUGUUCCAUCAUUAGGUCUGGAUGGACCCUUCUGCAACUAAUCCUGGUCCUAUUGAGUCUUCUGUUCUCUAUGACCAAGAUAAACAUGUCUCUUCUGCUGUCUGGGAAGGCCAGGAGCGUGGUGCGCUUAGAUGUCAUGAGCACACCUUAAAGCUCGGUGAAUGGAGGCUUACACCAAAACAAAUUGAGUUGGUGGAGGAAGCUGGGUUUGGGUACUUGAGAAAGAUACCUGCUAUUAGUUUAGAUAACCCCUUAAUUUCUGCACUAGUUGAAAGGUGGAGGAGAGAAACAAAUACCUUUCACUUGACUGUUGGAGAGAUGACAGUAAGUCUUCAAGAUGUUGCAUUGUUAUUGGGACUGGCAAUUGAUGGGAAACCAGUCAUUGGCAUUACAUAUACAACUUGUAGUUUCGUUUGUGAAAGGUUAUUAGGGAGGUCGCCAGAUUCAAGCUAUGCAAGUGGUGGCAUGGUGAAGCUUAGUUGGUUGAAGGAGUACUUCUCUCAGUGCCCUGAAGAUGCACCAAUCGAAGAGGUUGAGCAAUGCACGCGUGCUUACCUUCUAUAUCUUGUAGGAAGUACAAUUUUUUCCACUACUACUGGGAACAAAGUUCCUGUUAUGUACCUGCCUCUAUUUGAGAACUUCGAGGAAGCUGGAAAGUAUGCCUGGGGUGCUGCGGCAUUAGCUUUUCUUUAUAGGGCACUUGGCAAUGCAUCUGUUAAAUCACAAAGUACCAUAUGUGGUUGUUUAACGCUAUUGCAGUGUUGGGGUUAUUUUCAUUUGAAUAUCGGCCGACCCAAGCUUAAUCGGGAUCCUAGCCACGACCAUUUCCCGUUUGUGCUUAGAUGGAAGGGAAAGCAAAGUGGGCCAACAACAAACCGUGAUGUAGUUUUUUACCGAAAGGCAUUGGACUCUCUGAAACCAUGUGAUGUGGAAUGGCGUCCAUACAAGUAUAUGGACAGCACUGUAAUCCCAGAAGAUAUCAAAAGCACUUUGAUUUUAGGGAGGUCAAAGACAAUGCUGAUAUGCUUUGACAAAGCGGAGAGGCACCUCCCUGAUCGCUGCUUAAGGCAAUAUGGCAUGAUGCAACCAAUUCCGGAAGAUGUGAAGCGAUGGGUGAGAAAAAGUCGAGGGGUUGAUGGUGGAGUAGAUUUGUCUGGGAAGAUGGAAUCAGAGCUUGAUGAAUGGUUUCACCGUGCAAAUAAUAUUGUGAAUGGCGAUGAUGCUGAUGAUGGUGAAUACAUGCACUGGUACUUGAGAAUUACUCGGAGAAUAGUGGGAAGGCCGGUAUCUCUCUCAUCCGAGUUUCAAAGAAUGAUUUCUGGGUUAAGGGAAAUAUCCUAUUUAGCAGAUUCAUUUGCAACAAAAGGGUUGGAUCCUCAACAGUUUGAGUCAAUUUCAAGGAUCAGGUUCAUUUCACAAGAAUGUUUGAGGGACCAAACUGGAAGUCCAAUCACAUCAUCAGCUGCUCCACAAAUUGAAGCUGGAAAGCGGGUGAGGGGGAAGGAGAGAGUUAGAAGGAAGAGUUCUGGAAAACGCCGGCGAAAGGAUGAUCAAAUGGAAUUUCCUGAAGCCAGUGAUGAUCAAUCUCAAUUUUGUAGUCCAGUCAUUGAGGUUGAUCAAUUUCAACUACGUCAAGUGGAUGGUGAGAUUGGCGAAUUACAGAUAUGCACCGAUGGUGAAUUUGAGCCACUACAGCCAAGUCAUGCUGCUGGUGUGGGGAAUAAUGCAGAGUUAUGUGAUGUUUCACACAAGUUUGAUGACUCACCACUUUGUGAUGCUGAUGAUGGACAUAGGAGUGCAUUUUUAUCUGAUGCAGUUAAGAAGGUUGAUGACAUGCAACUUGGCAACGAAACUAAUGAGGUCAACACCUCACAGUUAUGUUAUAUGGAAACUAAAGAGGUUGAUGACUUUCAGCCUCAUGAUGUGACCAAUGGGGUCAAUGGCGAACAAUUUUGUGAUCCAAUAACCACUGAAAUGGACUACUCUCAGCCUGGUGAUGCAGCUGUUAAUGAUCCACAACUUCACAAUGUCAUUGAGGCUAAAGACUCGCAACUUUAUGAUCCGACUAAUAAUGUUGAUGAAUCACUGUCUCAUCUUGCUGAUGAGAGUGAACCAACCACUACCCAACCGGCGGUAGAAGUUCCAGAGUUAUCUCUUGAAAACAUGGAGGAUGUUGUGCAGCAGGAAGAUAAAAGCAUCAUAGUGUAAAAUGAUAUCACCUUGUUGCACAGGCAGACCGAUAUUAUUGUUACGGGUAUUCUAUAGGUCGGGGCAUGGAUGGUGCUGCUGGAGAAGAAGUAUGUCGCCUAAUAUCAGGGUUCUAGUAGUAUAUUUGGUCCUUGGUUUAUUGAAAAUAGCUUGUUUUGGUGAAGAAUUAAUUUAGAGUAACGUUUCACCCAUAACCAUGGGCGAUUAAGUUUUUAAGAUUCCUGUACCAAUUACAAAUUCAGCAUUUUGCCGAUUGGCCGCGGGUCAUGCUAAUCUCUUGAGAUGAUGGAUCUUGAUCUGCCUGUACAAAUAUUGCAGCUGAAUUUGAGUUGGCUUUUUGAUAA